AUGGGUGCCUCUGGCUCCCGGGCUCUGGCCCUCCACGGCUUCUCCGCAUCCCGGGUCCCCCGGCAGCUGCGGUCCACCUGGCUCGGCGUCGCCGCGCUAGGACUGGCCGCGGUGGCGCUGGGGACCUUGGCCUGGCGUAGCACGCGUUCCCGGCGGCGCCGGCGGCUGCGGCAGGUGGGGACGGUGUCCCAGCUCUGGAUCUACCCGAUCAAGUCCUGCAAGGGGGUGUCGGUGAGCGAGGCUGAGUGCACCGCCAUGGGGCUGCGCUGCGGCCACCUGCGGGACAGGUUCUGGCUUGUGAUCAAUGAAGACGGGAACAUGGUCACUGCCCGGCAGGAACCUCGCUUGGUCCUGAUUUCCCUGACCUGUGACAAUGACACCCUGACUCUCAGUGCAGCCUACACAAAGGACCUGCUGCUGCCCAUCACACCCCCCACCACAAACCCACUACUCCAGUGCAGAGUGCAUGGUCUGGAGGUGCAGGGCAGGGAUUGUGGAGAAGCGGCUGCUCAGUGGAUCACCAGCUUCCUGAAGACACAGUCCGUGCGCCUAGUACACUUCGAGCCCCACAUGAGCCCCAGAAGUUCUCGCCAGAUGAGGGCUCAGUUCCGGCCCGAGGACCAGGUGGCCUACUCAGAUGCAAGCCCAUUCUUGGUCCUUUCUGAGGCAUCCUUGGAAGAUCUCAACUCCAGGAUGGAGAAGAGAGUGAAAGUGACCAACUUCAGGCCCAACAUUGUCAUUUCAGGAUGUGGCGUUUACGCAGAGGAUUCUUGGAAUGAGCUCCUCAUUGGGGAUGUGGAACUGAAAAGGGUCAUGGCUUGCUCCAGGUGCCUUUUAACAACGGUGGAUCCGGACACCGGCGUCAUGGACAGGAAGGAGCCUCUGGAAACACUGAAGAGUUACCGCCUGUGUGACCCUUCGGAACAAUCGUUGUAUGGAAAGCUACCCCUCUUCGGGCAGUAUUUUGCUCUGGAAAAUCCAGGGACAGUCAAAGUGGGAGACCCUGUGUACCUUCUGAGCCAGUGA